AUGUUUGGUGGUUCGGUGGCCAGGGAGCGGAGCUCCAGUGGCGCACCGGUGACGGCCGGGUGGCGGCCUAAUGGCGGUUGCGGUGGCUGGCCGGAAAACAGGCCGGGUAGAGGCGGCUGCUGGGUGGCACACCGGUGGCUGCCGGGAGGCAGAGGCAGCGGGCCAGGGUUGAGCGCGGAGCCUGGCGGCGGCAGGUGGCGGCGGGCCUGGCAGCGCAGGGAGGCGGCGGCCGGUAAGGAAGUGGCGCUGCUCGGGCGGUGGUGGCUUGCCGGCAGGGCGGGAGCGGCGCCAGAGAGACACGCCGGUGGGAGAGCACGGAGCCGGAGCCGAAGGAAAGUCGCCGGAGCCGGAGCCGAGGCGGGGCGGGAGCCGGAGGAAAUGCAGCGCCCCGCGGGGACUGGAGACGAAGCCGGUGGCGGUCGGAGAAACAGCAGUGGCGGCCGGAGGCCGGAGGCCGGACUGACAGGUCUGACAGGCCUGUCAGUCCGGUACCCUGCGGGACGUACAGCCUAG